AUGCCUCCAAAGAAGUAUAAUGCAACAGUGACAGAAUUUGUUCUCUUGGGCUUUUCUGAGAGUCCAGAUAUUCAGUCCAUCCUCUUCUUCAUAUUUUUCACCAUGUACAUCAUAACCUGGCUCGGGAACAUCAUUAUCAUCAUUACUGUGAUUUACACACCCAUCCUCCAUACACCCAUGUACUUUCUUUUGGCCAACUUGGCUGUAAUUGACCUCAGUGACUGCACAGUUACUGCAAUCAAACUGCUGCGGGACCUCAUCUCGCAUACAAAUUCCAUCUCUUACAACUGGUGUAUUGCACAAAUAUUCUUCUUCCAUUGCACUGGUGGUGCUGUGGUCUUCUUCUUAGUUGCAAUGGCCAUUGACAGAUACAUAGCUAUAUACAAGCCACUGCAAUAUUGGGCUAUUAUGAACAAAGGAGUUUGCAUAGGUUUGGUGGUAGGAGCUUGGGUGGGUGGGUUUGGGCACUCAAUUGUCCAGGUAGUAAUAAUACUUCAACUACCCUUCUGUGGACCCAACGUACUGGAUAACUUCUACUGUGAUUUCCCACAGGUAAUCAAACUGGCUUGUACAGACACAUACAACACAGAGAUGCUGAUGGUUUCUAACAGUGGGCUACUCCUCACCCUAAUUUUCUGCAUCUUACUUGUAUCAUACACUGUCAUUCUGGUAAAGAUUAGAAGGCAUGUUACAGAAGGGAAGCUCAAAGCCCUGUCAACUUGCUCUGCCCAGAUCAUAGUCAUGAGCUUACAUUUUGUUCCAGCAAUGUUCAUUUAUGACCGCCCUUUCUCGGAAUCUCCAGUGGACAAGAUAACUUCAGUUUUGUACACUGCAGUCACUCCAGUGCUAAAUCCAAUGAUCUUCACUCUUAGAAACACGGAAAUGAAAAACAGUAUUAAAAAACUGAUUGGAAAAAUUAUGUCACUCAGAAUAACCAAAUAA